ACAAUUCCAUAGCACUGUAAAAUGAUUUCAAUUUCAUAUCACAGUAUUUAAAUUAAUUCCUAUUUAUAUAAGAAUUUCAGUAGUGAUUUAAUAAAUUAUGAAUUUAAAUGAAACUAUUAUAGUGCUUUUGUAAUAAAAAAUUUCUAAUGCUGGGAAAUUGCGUGUUGUGCUUUAGUUUGGACUAAAUAAUGCAUCAAUCUAAAAGUAAACCAGAGUCUCGUUUGGCCGCAAUAACUUUCUUUGCAAAAACCCAUCCCGGUGAUGUAUGCGGCAGCAAUGGCUUGCCACUAACUCCGAAUUCCAUUGCUAUAUUGGGUCGCGCCCAGAAGCUUAAAGAACUGAAACAUCCACAUUUAUGUCAAUACUUAGAUUUUGUGCGUGGAAAACAUGAACGCACUAUUGUUGUAUCUGAGUACUUUGGCACUACGCUACAGGAUAAAUCACGAAGCGUGCUCAUUGAACCGUUGGUAGUGCGUAUAUUCUAUCAAAUCGUUUGUGCUCUUAAAGCGCUUACAGAACAUAAUUUAGUCGUACAUAAUUUGGAACCAAAACAUGUAUUGUUAGACGAUUGCGAUAAUGUAAAACUCUUCAAUUACGGUUUAUAUCACAUGACCAGAUGUGGCGACUACGUACCAUUUCCAAUUGGGAACGUGCGCUAUAUGUCGCCCGAAAGAUUUCUUGGUUCCAAAAAUAAUAUAAAAAGUGAUAUCUGGUCAUUGGGCAUGAUUGUUGCUGAGCUUCUAUUGCAAACUAAAUUUUGGCCAAAUUUAAAAAUUUCAAAUAUAGCCAGGAAAAUACUUUCCUUUUGCCAAACAAAUAAUGUAUUUGAGAGAAUUGCACGUGAGCACAAUUGCCUGGAACGGUACGAACAAAUAAACGGAGAACUACGUAUUUUGAUUGAAAAUUGUCUGAGUGUUACACCUGCUAAGCGACCACUGCCAACGGAUUUAUUCACACAUGAAGUUUUUUCAAAAGAUAUUGAAGCCUACGCAUAUACUGAGCCACCAAAACCGACUAUACUACUUUAUCGUUGUCCACUCGAGCAGAUAUAUUAUUGGUGGCAACUGGCGGGUGGUGAUGUUCAGGGUGAAUUAAAGAAAGAGGGACUCAUACGUAGCGAGGCACCGAUAUUGGCUAUACCGCAAUUAGUUUGUCUUAAUGGCAAAAUUGUUGGACCAAAACGUAGUCAGUCUUACCUGAUGGAUGAUCGUGUGGUGCCGUUGAAAUUAAAUAAUCUUUAUGAAAAACUAUGCAACCAACCAGCAAUGGCAUACUUUCCACUAAUACAUUCACCGAAAUUCCCACACAAUUUUGGAGCCGGUAUGGAGCAAUUGCCAUUGGUGAUAAGAGAGAGAGAUAUUGAAUAUCAAUUUUAUCGAGUGCGCUUGUUUUCGAGAUUACUAAAGGGUUAUCCGUAUACAAGUGAAAUGAUACGUAAGGAGGCCGCUAAAGAUAUACCGCCAUAUUUACGAGGUCCGAUUUGGUCUUGCCUGCUGGAUGUUAUACCAAUAGGCAGUUAUGGGAAAAUCGAUAAAUUUACGCCUACUUCCACCGAUCGACAAAUUGAAGUAGACAUACCUCGCUGUCAUCAGUAUGAUGAAUUAUUAUCUUCGCCGGAGGGGCACUGCAAGUUAAAACGACUCUUAAAAGCAUGGGUCACCGCUCAUCCGCAAUAUGUUUACUGGCAAGGCUUGGACUCGCUAACGGCGCCGUUUUUGUAUCUUAACUUCAAUAAUGAAGAGUUGGCGUUUCUCAGUCUUUACAAAUUCAUACCGAAAUAUCUGCAGUGGUUUUUCCUUAAGGACAAUUCGGCGAUCAUUAAAGAAUAUUUAAGCAAGUUUUCUCAACUCACAGCAUUCCAUGAACCACUUUUGGCCAAGCAUUUAGCCAGCAUCAACUUUAUACCGGAACUCUUUGCCAUACCCUGGUUUCUCACCAUGUUUUCACAUGUUUUUCCAUUACAUAAGAUAAUGCACCUUUGGGAUAAGCUUAUGUUGGGUGACAGCUCAUAUCCGCUAUAUAUUGGCAUUGCUAUACUGAAGCAACUAAAGAAUACUCUGCUCGCCUCUGGCUUCAAUGAAUGCAUUUUACUCUUUUCCGAUUUGCCUGAUAUUGUAAUGGAAAGUUGUGUUUUUGAGUCGCAAAAAAUGUAUGAAUGUACGCCAAAAAGUGUCUCACACCGUUUUCACGUGCUGCGUGAAACACCACUGACUGAAUUUGACCUUACACCGGAUGUCACUCUGUCACACUUACAAGCCGAAAUGUGUCCACGCAUUAGCGCAAAUGACUUUACAAGCUUACUGCAUUACGCGCCGACUGAUAUGUGUGCACUGGAUUUACGUAGCGCUGUUGAAUUUUCGCACGUACGAGUGCCACACAGCAUUAACGUACCCUUUGUGGCGGCACAACUGGCCGAACCUCGUCUUGAUGCCUUGGGUGUGUCGCAAUUAGUGGAAAUGCUACAGGGUCGUAUUGUAAUAUGCAUGAGUAAUAAGCACGAGCAUGCUGUGCAGUUCUCCAAGUUCUUGGUUGAAUGUGGCGUCCAACGGGUUUGUGUUUUACACAAGGGCUUCAAUAUUCUACACACUAUUGAGCCAAAUAUAUUGAUUUCAAAUUAAACUUUCUGACUUUCCGAAAAUGUCGAUUAUUUGUGUUUUUUUUUUUCAUUUGCAUACAAAACCGAAUAUUUUUAUGUAUUUUAUAAAGUUUCUAAAACUA